AUGGCGGACGACACAAGGCAGUCGGAGGAGCAGGUAGCGCCUCGCCCACGCGCGCCUGCAAACAUCAUGCCCGGCGGCACAGCACACACAGCGGGCGGUGAAAAGACAGAUGGCGGGGGCCCGAGCUAUAUCGAUGCAGUACGCAGUCUCGGUCCAGAAUACUAUAUGAACUUCCACAAGCGGCCGUGUGUGCGAGACAGUCAAUUGCAAGGACUGGCAGCCGGAUUUGCGGGUGGCAGUUUGGCAGCGAUACUAGGGAAAAAGGCUGGAAUUAAGCAAGCGCAAGAACUCAUGGAGAAGAAGCGAGCGACGAUCGAAGCGAAGAAGGAAGCCAGGAGACGGGCAAGAGAGGAGCACGAUCGACAGGAACAAGCGCGGAGACUCGAAGAAGAGAGAAGAAAGUCAUGGGGAUACUGGUACGAAAAGAACCUCAAGUUCUGGUAG